AUGUCUUUCGAGAAGUUUUGUGGCAGUCCCUUCUGGGACAGUGAGCUUGUGUGGGACGAAAACAAUCCCGAUCUUACGUUCUGCUUCCAACGAGUCAUACUACAAUGGGUGCCGUGCUUGUUUCUGUUCGUGUUCACGGUGUACGACAUCUUCAAAAUAACCGAAAGCAGAUACAGGGACAUUCCUUGGAACUGGUACAACCUCUCCAAGAUGCUUGUGAUAUUUCUUCUGAUGUGCAUGUCGUGGAUCGAUCUGGGAAUGAUUGUGAGCUACCAGGAUGAACAAGGACUGUAUGAUGUGCAGAUAUUGACGGCAGUGUUCAAUGCUUUGGCUUAUAUCGAUCUCUUGGUGUUGCUGUUCUUCAUGCGCCAAUAUGGGGUCCGCACCUCGGGAACCAUGUUCAUCUUCUGGUUCUUGCGGAUGUUCUUCGGUAUCAUUCAACUGCGUACGGAAGUGAUGAAGAAUGAUGAAAGGCCAAACUCCAUCGGAUCCGGAGACACCGUUGACUUCUGGGAGUACCAAUACGUCAGUUACAUCAUCCAGUACUCGUUCAUCUGUUUGAUGCUGGUGUUGGAGCUGCUUCCUGAUAAGGCACCCACGGCCAGCGAUUACCCGAAGAGCCCCAAGCCUAGCCCUGAACUACGAUCGAGUUUUUUCGGCAAGUUGCUCUUUCUUCACUUUGAUUCGUUCGCUUGGAAAGGCUUUCGAAGGCCACUCACGAUGGACGACAUGUAUGACAUCAACCCGCAGGAUGCCUCGCGGGAGCUGGUACCACCGUUCGAUAAGCAUUGGAAGGCCAGCGUUGAAAGCGGCCGCAAACGGCAGAUAGUUGCCAAUCGAAAGGCAGGAAAACCCGCCGUCGAGUCGAAACCGCACGCACCCUCGAACGGUUCCGUGCUCUAUACCAUGAUUCGGGCCUACGGUGGUCCGUUCUGGUUUGCCGGAAUGCUCCAGCUGGCGAUAUCGGGUCUUCAGUUCGCGUCACCUUAUCUCAUGCAGGAGCUGAUGGCAGUUAUCGCACUUGAUGAACCCGUAUGGAAAGGGUUAUUGUUAACGUUCGGAUUAUUCGGUGCGUCGUUGCUACUGGGGCUCUUCAACGGGCAGUAUUUGUACAAUACCUUUCUCGCUGGAUUCCGCAUUCGUACGGGACUGAUAAGUGCCAUCUAUCGGAAGGCGUUGCGGAUAUCUAGCGCCGCUAAGAAGGAUACCACCGUCGGAGAGAUUGUGAACUUGAUGGCCGUCGAUGCUCAGAAAUUUUUUGAGUUGACCUCAUACCUGCACAUUCUGUGGUCCGCGUUGCUCAUUAUCGGUUUAUGUGUGUACCUCCUGUACGACAUUCUCGGUGCGGCCGUGUUCGCCGGUCUGGCGGUGAUGGUGUUAAUUAUGCCGGUAUCUGGAGUGGUGGCAGCGAAGAUGAGAAGCUGUCAAGUCGCCCAAAUGAAGCUGAAAGAUGAUCGUGUCAAGAAGAUGAACGAGAUCCUCGGUGGCAUUAAGGUGCUGAAGCUUUACGCAUGGGAACCUAGCUUCCAGGAAACCAUUCUGAGCGUACGUUCAGAAGAAAUAGGAAUCCUCAAGAAGAUGGCGUACUACGGUGCCGGAAUCUAUUUCACCUUCACGAUCGCGCCUUUCCUCGUCACCUUAGUGUCGUUUGCGGUGUAUGUCCUGAUGGAUGAAGAAAAUAUCCUCGAUCCUCAGACCGCCUUCGUAUCACUCGCCCUCUUCAACAUCAUGCGAUUCCCUCUCGGCAUGUUCCCGAUGGUGGUGACGUUCUCCAUGCAAGCCUGGGUAUCUGUGAAGCGUAUCGACAAGUUCCUCAACAGCGCCGAGCUCGAUCCAAACAACGUCACACACAAAAAGAGUGAUGAGGCUCUCACUAUCAAGGAUGGAACCUUCUCUUGGGGUGACGAAACGCCUACUUUGAAGAAUAUUAACCUCUCCUUGCACAAGGGGCAGUUGUCGGCGAUCGUUGGUACUGUCGGUACAGGAAAAAGUUCCCUGAUGUCUGCUCUGUUAGGAGAGAUGGAAAAAUUGAGCGGAGAGGUCAAUACAGAUGGAACGAUUGCGUACGUGCCUCAACAGGCGUGGAUCCAAAAUGCCACCCUUCGGGAUAACAUUCUAUUCGGAAAACCCUUCGACCAGAAGAAGUAUGAUAACGUCAUCGAGUGUUGUGCUCUGAAGCCCGAUUUGGCGAUGCUCCCUGGUGGAGACUCUACGGAGAUUGGUGAGAAGGGUAUCAACCUUUCCGGAGGACAGAAACAGCGUGUUGCGUUGGCUCGAGCUGUGUAUGCUGAUUCUGAGGUCUAUCUGUUCGAUGAUCCUCUUAGCGCCGUGGAUGCCCACGUAGGAAAGCACAUCUUUGAGAAAGUGAUCGGACCAUCGGGAAUGCUGGUAGGAAAAUCGCGACUGCUCGUCACUCACGGAAUAUCGUAUCUGCCUUUUGUGGAAAACAUUUUCGUCAUAAAAGAAGGGGAGAUCUCGGAGAGCGGAUCUUACCAGCAACUCCUCGACCAGAAGGGAGCGUUUGCUGAAUUUUUAAAUCAACACAUUAAUGAGCUUGACGACGAAGACGAAGGUAACAUUCGCUAGUCAACGAAACAUUAUUUCUACAUAACUAAUGUAAAUGUUUUCACAAUCCCUUCUCUAGAGAUAACACUGAUUCAAGAAACAUUGAAUGAUGAGUCUCUUCAUGGCGUUAUUAAACGAGCACUUUCCGUGAGAUCCAAUCGAUCGAACGGCAGCAACGGAAGUCAACGAAAGAAGCCCAUCAGUAGGCAGGAGUCAAAGCAAAGUGUCCAGAGCAAAUCAAAGGACGUCAUACCAAACCGUGCCAAUUUGAUUGGUGUUGAAGAAUCAGCUACUGGGGCCGUUACAUGGGAUGUCUACCGAAAGUACAUCAAAUCGAUCGGAUUUCAGUUCGGCUUUUGGUCCGUACUGUUCAGCGCCAUCAAUCAAGGAAGUGGUAUCUUCUCCAACUUGUGGCUCACAGAUUGGUCCGAAGAUCGGGAGGCGGCGACGGACACAUCGGUGCGCGAUAAAUAUCUCGGUGUUUACGGCGCAAUGGGAGCUGUACAAUCGAUUGCCCUAUUCUUGGGCUCGGUUUUGAUUGCACUUGGAUGUCUUAAGGCGGCCCGCGAAUCCCAUGAUAAACUGCUUGAAAGCUCCAUGCGUAUGCCGAUGUCCUUCUUUGAUACAACGCCCCUCGGAAGAAUCAUCAAUCGUUUCUCCAAAGAUGUCGACGUCGUGGACAAUGUGCUUCCUAUGACAAUCCGUGCGUGGUUGCUGUUCCUGUUCAGUGUGAUCGGUGUGUUUGUGGUGAUCGGUAUUUCAACCCCGAUCUUCCUAGCCGUGGUGCCACCUCUGAUGGUGGUAUAUUAUUUCGUUCAGCGGUUUUAUAUCGACACAUCCCGUCAACUGAAGCGCUUGGAGUCGGUCACCCGCAGUCCGAUCUAUUCCCACUUCGGGGAAAGCAUCGGCGGCCAGUCCACUAUCCGUGCGUAUGGGCAGCAGGAACGAUUCACCCAAGAAUCAGAGAGGCGUGUGGACUACAAUCAACUCGUUUCGUAUCCAACGAUAAUCGCCAAUCGAUGGCUUGGCAUUCGUCUCGAUCUUGUGGGAAGUUUGGUGGUCCUAUUUGCUGCAUUGUUUGCUGUAUUGGCACGGGAUUCUAUUGGGCAAGCUACGGUUGGAUUGUCCAUCAGUUAUGCCCUCCAGAUUUCGCACGUCCUCAGUUUACUCGUGCGCAUGACAUCUGAGGUUGAGACCAACAUUGUGGCUGUCGAACGAUUGGAAGAGUACACCGAUCUUCCUCGGGAGGCGGAAUGGCAGAAAGGAACUGUGGUUAAAAAUUGGCCUGAUAAUGGACAGGUUGAAUUCAAGGACUAUCAGAUCCGGUAUCGCGAUGGACUAGACCUCGUUAUUCGAGGUAUUUCCCUCAGCGUUCAAGGAGGAGAAAAGAUUGGUAUCGUUGGUCGUACUGGCGCAGGAAAGUCCAGUCUUACACUUGGUCUCUUCAGAAUUGUCGAAGCGGCCGGUGGACAAAUCAUCAUCGAUGGACUCGACAUUUCCUCCAUGGGACUCCAUCAACUGCGCAGCCGGUUGACUAUCAUUCCUCAAGAUCCGGUUCUCUUCUCCGGAACGCUCCGGAUGAAUGUGGAUCCCUUCAAUAACUUCAGCGACGAUCAAGUGUGGAAAGCACUGGAGCUAUCCCAUCUGAAAGCCUUCGUUAAGGGUCUUGCAGCUGGUUUGGCUCAUGAGAUCGCAGAGAAUGGCGAGAAUCUUUCCGUCGGCCAACGUCAACUUGUCUGUUUAGCGAGAGCGAUCCUUCGUAAGACGAAGGUGUUGAUCCUGGAUGAGGCAACGGCCGCGGUGGAUCUGGAAACGGAUGAUUUGAUUCAGAAAACAAUCCGAACGGAGUUCGCCGACUGUACGAUCCUCACCAUCGCCCAUCGAUUGAACACCAUCCUCGAUUCCGAUCGUGUCCUGGUCCUCGACAAGGGUCUCGUAGCCGAGUGUGACUCACCGCAGAACCUGCUCGCGAACAAAGAGUCGAUAUUCUACGGUAUGGCGAAGAACGCGGGGAUUCGGCAAACGGCGACGGUAGGGGCCACUAUCGAUGGCAAUUGUAGGCACGCUACGUACGAAGGCUCGUAUCGGGACAAUAAAAACGGCGAUAAGGGCUACCACCAUCGGUGUCCAGCGCACCUGCAAAGGUCCACGAUGACCUUCGAGGAUUUCUGUGGCAGUCCCUUUUGGGACGAAGAGUUCGUGUGGGACGAAAACAAUCCCGAUCUUACGUUCUGCUUCCAACGAGUCAUACUACAAUGGGUGCCGUGUUUGUUUCUGUUCGUGUUCUCGGUGUACGACAUCUUCAAAAUAACCGAAAGCAGAUACAGGGACAUUCCUUGGAACUGGUACAACCUCUCCAAGAUGCUUGUGAUAUUUCUUCUGAUGUGCAUGUCGUGGAUCGAUCUGGGAAUGAUUGUCAGCUACCAGGAUGAACAAGGACUGUAUGAUGUGCAGAUAUUGACGGCAGUGUUCAAUGCCUUGGCUUAUAUCGAUCUCUUGGUGUUGCUGUUCUUCAUGCGUAAAUAUGGAGUCCGCACCUCGGGAACCAUGUUUAUGUUCUGGUUCUUGCGGAUGUUCUUCGGUAUCAUUCAGCUGCGUACGGAAGUGAUGAAUAAUGAUAAAAGGCCAAACUCCAUCGGAUCCGGGGAUACGGUCGACUUCUGGGAGUACCAAUACGUCAGUUACAUCAUCCAAUACUCGUUCAUUUGCCUAGCGCUGGUGAUGGAACUGUUCCCUGAUCAGGCGCCCACGGUCAGCUACUACCCGGAGACGAAAAAUCUCAACCCGGAACUGAAGUCCAGCUUCUUCGCUAAACUGCUGUUCAUAUACUUCGAUUCGUUCGCCUGGAAGGGCUUCCGUAAGCCGCUUACCAUGGAGGAUAUGUACGACAUCAAUCCGCAGGACACGGCAGCCGAACUGGUACCACCGUUCGACAAGUACUGGGACAUGAGUGUCGUCAAUGGGCGCCAGAAGCAGAUCGCCGCGGACAAGAAGGCGGGCAAAAAGAACGUCGAGUACAAACCGCACUCGGAAACGGAUGGAUCAUCUCUUUACGCGAUGGUGCGCGCGUACGGAGCCCCCUUCUGGUUCGCCGGAAUGCUCCAGCUAGCGAUAUCGGGCCUUCAAUUUGCCUCACCUUAUCUCAUGCAAGAAAUGAUGGCCGUUAUUGCACUCGAUGGUCCGCUUUGGAAAGGCUGGUUGCUGACUAUUGCACUCUUCAUUGCCUCGUUACUGCUGGCUUUGCUGAACGGACAGUAUUAUCUGAACACCUUCCUCAGCGGAUUCCGCAUUCGUACGGGUCUGGUCAGUGCGAUCUACCGCAAGGCAUUGCGCAUAUCGAGUGCUGCCAAGAAGGACACCACCGUCGGCGAGAUCGUGAACCUGAUGGCCGUCGAUGCACAGAGGUUCUUCGAGCUGACUUCGUACCUGCACAUCCUUUGGUCGGGUAUUCUAAUCAUCGCAGUUUGCGUGUACCUUCUCUAUGAUAUUCUCGGUGCGGCCGUGUUCGCCGGUCUCGGAGUGAUGAUUUUGAUCACCCCUGUAUCGGGUGUAAUUGCUACCAAGAUGCGUGACGCUCAGGUUGCUCAGAUGAAGAUCAAAGAUGAUCGUGUCAAGAAGAUGAACGAGAUCCUCGGUGGCAUUAAGGUGCUGAAGCUAUACGCAUGGGAACCGAGCUUCCAGGAUAACAUUUUGACCGUACGUGCAGAAGAAAUAGGAAUCCUCAAAGCCAUGGCGUACUACGGUGCCGGAAUCUAUUUCACCUUCACGAUCGCGCCUUUCCUCGUCACCUUAGUGUCGUUUGCGGUGUAUGUCCUGAUGGAUGAAGAAAAUAUCCUCGAUCCUCAGACAGCCUUCGUAUCGCUGGCAUUGUUCAACAUUCUCCGUUUCCCAUUGGGUAUGUUGCCUAUGAUGGUGACGUUCUCCAUGCAAGCCUGGGUAUCUGUGAAGCGUAUCGACAAGUUCCUCAACAGCGCCGAGCUCGAUCCAAACAACGUGACCCACAAAAAGAGUGAUGAAGCUCUCACUAUCAAGGAUGGAACCUUCUCUUGGGGUGACGAAACGCCUACUUUGAAGAAUAUUAACCUCUCCUUGCGCAAGGGGCAGUUGUCGGCGAUCGUUGGUACUGUCGGUACAGGAAAGAGUUCCCUGAUAUCUGCUCUGUUAGGAGAGAUGGAAAAGAAAAGUGGAGAAGUCAAUACAGAUGGAACGAUUGCGUACGUGCCACAACAGGCGUGGAUCCAAAAUGCCACCCUUCGGGAUAACAUUCUUUUCGGAAAACCCUUCGACCAGAAGAAGUAUGACAACGUCAUCGAGUGUUGUGCUCUGAAGCCCGAUUUGGCGAUGCUCCCGGGUGGAGACUCUACGGAGAUUGGUGAGAAGGGUAUCAACCUUUCCGGAGGACAGAAACAGCGUGUCGCCUUGGCUCGAGCUGUGUAUGCUGAUUCUGAGGUCUAUCUGUUCGAUGAUCCUCUUAGCGCCGUGGAUGCCCACGUAGGAAAGCACAUCUUCGAGAAAGUGAUCGGACCAUCGGGAAUGCUGGUAGGAAAAACGCGACUCCUCGUCACUCACGGAAUAUCGUAUCUGCCUUUUGUGGAAAACAUUUUCGUCAUAAAAGAAGGGGAGAUCUCGGAGAGCGGAUCUUAUCAGCAACUCCUCGACCAGAAGGGAGCGUUUGCUGAAUUCCUUACACAGCACAUCCAAGAUCUGGAAGAUGUCGAUGAGGAAGAACUUAUACAAACGUUUAACCUUACUAUUUCCUCACCAGAAAUCAAGCUUAUUCAAGAGUCUCUGAAGGAUGAAACUGCACAGAAGAUCGUACAGCGCGCAAUGUCUGUCCGGUCGAAUCGAUCGGAUGGAAGUAAUGGUAGUCAGAGGCGAAAACGUAUCAGUCGGCAGGAGUCAAAACAGAGUGCUAAAAAGGAAGAACCCGUGAUACAAAACCUGGACCUUGCGACACUGAUUGAAAAGGAAGAAUCUGCAACCGGGGCCGUCACUUGGGCGGUGUAUAAGAAGUAUGUGUCCGCUAUUGGUUUCCAGUUCGGCUUUUGGUCGGUUGUGUUCAGUGCCAUCAAUCAGGGUGCCGGAAUCUAUUCGAGUAUGUGGUUAACCGAUUGGUCUGAGGAUCCGGAAGCGAUUACGGAUACAUCGGUUCGAGAUAUGUAUCUCGGAGUUUACGGUGCUCUUGGAGGUGUGCAGUCCAUCGCUUUGUUCAUCGGAUCUGUUCUGUUGGCUUUGGGAUGUCUUAAGGCGGCCGCAGAAGCACACGACAAGCUGCUGGAAAGCUCUAUGCAUAUGCCUAUGUCGUUCUUCGACACAACACCCCUGGGACGAAUCAUCAAUCGAUUUUCUAAGGACGUGGACGUCGUGGAUAAUAUCCUCCCAGCGACGAUUCGCGCCUGGCUGCUGAUGUUGUUCAGUGUGAUCGGUGUGUUUGUGGUGAUCGGUAUUUCAACCCCGAUCUUCUUGGCCAUCGUUCCACCACUGCUCAUCAUCUACUACUUCGUGCAGCGGUUUUACAUCGAAACCUCGCGCCAAUUGAAGCGAUUGGAGUCGGUCACUCGCAGUCCGAUCUACUCCCACUUUGGCGAGAGUAUAGGAGGACAGUCGACUAUCCGUGCGUAUGGGCAGCAGGAACGCUUCAUAAAGGAGUCCGAGUACCGAGUGGAUUACAACCAGGUAGUGACGUAUCCAACGAUCCUUGCCAACCGUUGGCUGGGUGUCCGGCUGGAAAUGAUAGGCAGUUUGGUGGUCUUGUUUGCGGCAAUGUUUGCCAUCCUGGCUCGAGACACAAUCGGUCAAGCCACGGUUGGAUUGUCCAUCAGUUAUGCACUCCAGAUUUCCAACGUACUCAGCUUCCUCGUGCGCAUGACGGCUGAAGUCGAGACCAACAUUGUGGCUAUUGAGCGAUUGGAAGAAUACACCGUACUUCCCCGGGAGGCAGAAUGGAAAAAGGGUACGGUCGACAAGGCAUGGCCUGCGGAUGGCAAGGUCGAGUUCAAGGACUAUCAGAUCCGAUACCGUGAAGGACUAGAUCUCGUUAUUCGAGGUAUUUCCCUCAGCGUUCGAGGUGGCGAGAAGAUUGGUAUCGUUGGUCGUACUGGUGCAGGAAAGUCCAGUCUUACACUUGGUCUCUUCAGAAUUGUCGAAGCGGCCGGUGGACAAAUCAUCAUCGAUGGACUCGACAUUUCCUCCAUGGGACUCCAUCAGCUGCGCAGCCGGUUGACUAUCAUUCCUCAAGAUCCGGUUCUCUUCUCCGGAACGCUCCGGAUGAACGUGGAUCCAUUCAAAAACUACAGCGAUGAUCAAGUGUGGAAAGCACUGGAGUUGUCCCAUCUGAAGGCCUUCGUGAAAGGACUUACGGCUGGUUUGGAACAUGACAUCGCAGAGAAUGGCGAGAAUCUUUCUGUUGGCCAACGUCAACUUGUCUGUUUAGCGAGAGCGAUCCUUCGUAAGACGAAGGUGUUGAUCCUGGAUGAGGCAACGGCCGCGGUGGAUCUGGAAACGGAUGAUUUGAUUCAGAAAACAAUCCGCACGGAGUUCGCCGACUGUACGAUCCUCACCAUCGCCCAUCGAUUGAACACCAUUCUGGACUCCGAUCGUGUCCUGGUCCUCGACAAGGGUCUCGUAGCCGAGUGUGACUCACCGCAGAACCUACUGGCCAACAAGGAAACCAUAUUCUACAGCAUGGCAAAGAACGCUGGUAUCGUCAGCUAA